UUAAUGAAGCUAAACAGACUCAGCUCAUGGAAUCCCUCCAGUGUCUCAACGACUACGAAUCAUUCGUAUCUUGCACCUGGUCUGAGCGCAAAGAUGUACAAAAGUUUAUCAAGAUGAACCUUUUCUAUAAGACUGAAAGUAGUAGGGACUUCAAACAGAUGACCACUUGUAGCUCCCCAAAUAUGGACUUUCAAAGUUGGACAUGGAACUGCUACAGAAACCAGUCCUUUUUCUCUGCUUCAGAGACAGAUUACUACACUUUCAAACCAGAUCGGCAACUGGAAGUCCAACUGAAUGUCAGCCUCUUUGAUAAUGUCAAGCCUCCUCCACCAAAGGAACUACAUAUCAACCUCACAGAAGAAGGCGACUUCCUGUUGACAUGGAAAGCAGGUGGUAGAACAAAUGGAAGCCACUGGAUGGAGGAAGCCCUGGAUUAUCAAGUCGCCUACAAAAGAAACUGGGAACCCUGGGAGAGCUCUACGUCUGUGUUCAUCUCAAACGUCUCACACUGCCUUCUCCAUCGCGGUGAUCUUGUGACUGGGAGUGCCUACAUUGCUCGUGUUCGAAGCAAACUACGCCAAGAUGGUCGUCUUUCCGGUCGUUACAGUGAAUGGAGCUCUACUGUGAAGUGGACAAAUCAGGAAGGUGACGAAGCGCAACCCAAGAACCUUUGCUGUCUAUUUAACGGCAUAGAUCGGCUAAACUGCAGCUGGGAGGUGAGACGAGAGCUCACCAGUUCUCUCUUGUUUGCACUCUUCUACAAAAUCAGCCCAGAAUCCGAAGAGACCACAUGCUCUCCAGUUGAGGAAAAGGAAUUGCCGGACACCCUCCACGUAUUGCAGAGCUGCGAGAUCAGUGUCGCCGACCCCGAGAGACUAAGCCGAUACCUCAUAACUGUGAGGCCCAAGGAAGAAGAGAAAAGUAUUGAGCCCGUAUGCAACAUCAAGGCAGAGCCUCCUAACGGGCUCUCUGUGACAAAGUUGAACAACCAGCCAUACAAACUGUGGUGGAAAGAGAUGAAACACGAGGAUUUGAGGGAAUAUCAUUAUCAAGUCUUAUACUGGGAGGCUGACAAGACGUCUGAGAAGACCCAACUUCAGAACAUCAGUGAAAAUGUCUUUCAGUUCAUCUUUCAGUCACUGGAAUCGGGAACCCGCUACAAGGCACGAAUGCGGGCAAAAGUACGCUAUGGUUACAUUGAUAGCCCUUGGAGUGCGUGGAGUGAAGAAUAUGAAUGGGUUACUGAAAGUGAAUUGCCUUUCUGGAGUUUUACCCUCGCUGUGCCAGUCUUUAUCAUUUUGGCUAUGGUGGGACUCUACUGCAGCAAAAGAUGUCUACUCAGAAAGAAAAGGGAAUGGGAGAAAAACAUUCCAAGACCUCCUAGUACAUUUCUGCUCCCAGAUUAUUUUAUGAAAGUACAGCUGCCAGACAGCUCUGAGGAAAGCAGCAGACAGAGCUCUUUAGAAGAGGAAGAGUUCGACAGCAGCAAUGCAUUAGACAGGUCAAUGCUGGGAUCUAUGCCAAAGGAAAGACAUGCUUUAUCCCCAAAAGACCCUGGACACAACAAGGACUUUCUUGUGUUCAACCCCGAUGGCAAAAGCCCCAUUUUUUUAAGCCAGGUGGAUGAAUAUUGCUUCUUCCCUGGCACCAAGCCUAUCACAAAAACCCAAGAAGGAUGCAAGGGGCACCAGCUUGCAGAAGACCGUCAGUCACUCACAAAGCAACCCUGUGAAAGCAAGUUGGUUGAGAGUGAGCUGCAGACCACAUCUCACAUCUGCCAAGUAUGA